AUGAAGAAAAAAGAGCCAGUGGGGACGGAUGAGUCUGUACCAGAGAGCGCACAGAACCUCGAUGAGCUCACGGCCGACGUGCUGGGGAGCAAGAGCACCCACGUCUUCCGGGUGACAGCGCAGGACCACGGGACGCCCCGGCGCAGCGCCAUGGCCACCUUGACGGUGACGGUGAGCGACGCCAACGACCACGACCCAGCCUUCGAGCAGCUCGAGUACCGGGAGAGCGUGCGGGAGAACCUGGAGGUGGGCUACGAGGUGCUGACUGUGCGGGCCACCGACCAGCUCCCUCAGCUUCUCCUCGUAGGAGAGAUGCUCCCUGGUGUUGGCAGGUUUCGUGCCGAUAACUUGAACAAGCUGAAGAACCUGUGCAGCAGAACGAUCGGAGACAAGAUGAAGAAAAAAGAGCCAGUGGGGACGGAUGAGUCUGUACCAGAGAGCGCACAGAACCUCGAUGAGCUCACGGCCGACGUGCUGGGGAGCGGCGGUGGGCUCAUCUCCCUCGCCCUGCCCCUGGACUACAAGCUGGAGCGGCAGUACCUCCUCACCAUCGCCGCCUCCGACGGCACCCGCCAGGACACCGCCCAGGUGGUCGUCAACGUCACCGAUGCCAACACCCACCGACCCGUCUUCCAGAGCUCCCACUACACCGUCAAUGUCAACGAGGACCGGCCGGUGGGCACCACGGUGGUGGUCAUCAGCGCCACAGAUGAGGACACAGGGGAGAACGCCCGCAUCACCUACCUGAUGGAGGACAGCAUCCCCCAGUUCCGCAUCACCGCCGAGACGGGGGCUGUCACCACCCAGAUGGAGCUGGACUACGAGGACCAGGUGUCCUACACCCUGGCCAUCACAGCGCGGGACAACGGCAUCCCGCAGAAGUCCGACACCACCUACCUGGAGAUCCUGGUGAGCGACGUCAAUGACAACGCGCCCCAGUUCCUCCGUGACUCCUACCAGGGCUCCAUCUACGAGGACGUGCCCGCCUUCACCAGCGUCCUCCAGGUCUCAGCCACUGACCGCGACUCGGGGCUCAACGGCAGGGUCUUCUACACCUUCCAAGGAGGUGAUGAUGGCGACGGUGACUUCAUCAUCGAGUCCACCUCGGGCAUCAUCCGCACCUUGCGCCGCCUCGACCGGGAGAACGUGCCACUCUACACCCUGCGGGCGUUUGCCGUUGACAAGGGGGUCCCGGCCAAGCGGACACCAGUGGAGAUCCAAGUGACGGUGCUGGACGUCAACGACAACCCACCAGUCUUUGAGCGGGAUGAGUUCGACAUCUUUGUGGAGGAGAACAGCCCAAUUGGGCUGGUGGUGGCCCGGAUCACGGCCACCGACCCCGACGAGGGCACCAACGCCCAAAUCAUGUACCAGAUCGUUGAGGGCAACAUCCCCGAGGUCUUCCAGCUGGAUAUCUUCUCUGGCGAGCUCACUGCCUUGGCCGACCUGGACUACGAGUCCAAGGCGGAGUACGUCAUGGUGGUCCAAGCCACCUCGGCCCCCCUGGUGAGCCGGGCCACCGUCCACGUCCGCCUUCGCGACGCCAACGACAACAGCCCCCAACUCAAGAACUUUGAGAUCCUCUUCAACAACUACAUCACCAACCGCUCAGGCAGCUUCCCCGGGGGGGUCAUCGGCCGCAUCCCGGCCCACGACCCCGACGUCUCCGACAGCCUCACCUACGCCUUCGAGCAGGGCAACGAGCUCAACCUGGUGCUGCUGGACCCCCGCAGCGGGGACCUGCGCCUCAGCCCGGCCCUGGACAACAACCGCCCGCUGGAGGCCAUCAUGAGGGUCUCCGUCUCGGACGGGGUGCACAGCGCGACGGCCCAGUGCACGCUGCGGGUGACGGUGAUCACGGACGAGAUGCUGAGCAACAGCAUCACCCUGCGCUUGGCCGACAUUGCCCUGCUGGACGCCAGCAACAAGCGGCACUGGGAGCUGAUCCAGCAGACGGAGGGGGGCACGGCCUGGCUGCUGAAGCACUUCGAGGACUACGCCAGCGCCCUGGCGCAGAGCAUGCCCCAGACCUACCUCAGCCCCUUCACCAUCGUCACCCCCAACAUCG